AUGGAACCGAUCUUCCAACCCCCUGCACGGGAAAUCCAACAGGGUAUACAUCGUAUAUCUGACAACCCGCAGAAUUCAAGGGUUGUAUCAUGCGAGGAGGCACCUGCUACGAUCGGCUCCCCAUUUCCUUUGCCCCGGGAGAAUGACAGUGUAAUAGAACCAUAUGACGCCUCUUCCCUCCUCUGGACGGACUCGGAAAUAUUGUUUCAAAAUCUUUUCUCCCAGGACUACGGCGUAUGGGACCAGAUGUUCGCAGGGACAGCUCAGCCCACUGGCGUAUCCCAGUACGGACAGGAAACCAGACACGACACCUUACCCCAGGAAGAUUUUGCAGCUGGUCAAGGUAGCCAUCAGGCUAUCAAAUUUGCCAACAGUCUCAUCAGUAAUAGUGUAAGUCCCUCGAAUCGAUCGUUUCAGUCACAGUCGAUCAAUCUCUCCGAGCCCUACUGA